CUAAUACAGCCGUGCGAAGGACCUAUAUUUACUAAUUAACAAGCCGCAUUUCUUUCAUUCUUCAUAUUUUCAGAGUUUUGAAAGAGCGUUUCUCUGCUUAAGCGCAAUACUUUGACUGCCAUGGCGGACGAAGAUUACAAUGAUUACGAGGCAGCAGAUGUUGGAUAUGAAGAAGAGCCUGUUGAGCCUGAAAUUGAGGAGGAGGUUGGAGCAGAGGAAGAUGUAAAUGAUGUCCCUGUGGACACUUUAGGAGGAGCUGAUAAAGAACCUGCAGGGGACGAUCGGCCCAGUGGCAAACCUCGGAAAACAUCAAAGUACAUGACUAAAUAUGAACGUGCUAGAAUACUCGGCACUCGAGCUUUGCAAAUAAGUAUGAAUGCACCUGUCAUGGUUGAGCUUGAAGGAGAGACUGAUCCACUGGAGAUUGCAAUGAAAGAAUUACGUGAGCGUAAGAUUCCUUUUACAAUCCGACGAUAUUUGCCUGAUGGAAGCUAUGAAGAUUGGGGUGUUGAUGAGCUUAUUGUUGAAGAUUCAUGGAAACGGCAAGUUGGUGGGGACUGAAAUGUGUUUUGGAUCUGGAAAGACAGUUAAUGCAGAGUAAUGGACAAUUCAUUGAGCAAUUUUAGUCGUUGAUUUUAAUGUGACAAAGUUUUGUGCAUUUAUAACAUCAUUUGUAGUCAAUAUCUACUUUGUUAACUGUCAAGUUAUUAGCACUGUAAAUCCUAUUACUAUAAUUUCGUGAAAAUAUCCCUGUAAAUUUACGAUGGCACUUGCAUUUUUGUUUAGAUUCACAUUGAGCAUAAUAGUUUGCAGUAAAAUCUAUCCAGAGGAGACAUACCUUGGUUUUUUGCUAAUCAAAUUUCAUUACUAUUUA